GGGAGGAUCACACAGGGAGUGCAAAACAAUCCCCACCCCACCCCAGCUCCAGCAGCCAGAGAACUCAGUGUGGGUCCAGGAGAACCAUCUCACAUCAGCAGCCAGAGAACUCAGUGUGGGUCCAGGAGAACCAAUUUUCUAUCUCAGAUCCAAAGUCAGAGAACUCAGUGUGGGACCAGGACAACCAUCUCACAUCAGCAGCCAGAGAUCCAAUAGGAACCAUCUGGAAUAAACUGUUAAACUGCCUUAAAUUCCCUGGGAGAUUUCACACACUAUUCCAGGUUUGUAACAUGUCAUGUUUGUAACUUUCUCUAAAUGUUUGUGUUCACUCUUAGAAAGUGCCUUUUUUGUACGUUUGAUGAAUGCAUCUCUAUAUACAAUGUGUCUUAUAUGUAUUCAAUAUACUGUACUGAAUAUAUUGAUCUAAAAAUAUAAAGCCUUUAAUAAAAAUAUGCGAAAAGAGUACCUUUCUCAUGUCUGUUGUCACUAUGGGCUGGCUGGAAGACUGGGUCUGUGCUGUGGUCAGCAGGGAGGUGUUUCAGACAAUGUGAUGAUUCAUGGCUACCUAAUACAGUUAUGUCAUUAUCAAAAUAUGAAUAUUUAUAUCCUACUGACAGGACUGGGUUCCAGUUCACUUUCCACUGCUGGACUACAACUCCUAUCAGUCUGGAUGGCUAAGCAUGUUGGUAGAGGAAUGCAAGUCCUAGAACUGCUCAAAGGUUAAUUCCUUUAUUGGUCAAAGAUUUCUGCUCUGGCAAUACCUCUUCUGGUGUACCUGUUGUUAGACCUGGAGUCCCAUAAAUCUCAACCAGCCAGGAAAACCAGCCAUGGCCACCACUAACUGAGUAAAGGUGGGAUUUAUUGUCUGUACAACAUAAGGGCAGAAUUCCUGUCAUUAUCCUGGCUGAGCAUCCUCUAGUCUCAGAUCAUAUCUGAGAAUCCAGGAUUGAACAUCUGGACUAUUCUGAAUUCUGUGCAUGAUCUCAUUGUAUUAUUGCCCUGUAGUUACAAAGUUCACAUUUUCUUGCUGAAAUAUAUAAUAUUUCUAGGUUAUAGCAUGGCUGUAUCAUUGUUGCUAGCUGAUUUAUAAAGUAGCCUUAUCUGAAGUCCAUUCCUUUUCUUUAAGAGGUAGAUGUACUGAUAGUCAAUGUGAUUGGCCACUCUUUGACGGUUCCAGUUUAUUAUUUAACUUUCUCAUAGCAUUGUGGAGUACAGAGAUAGAGGUGACAGGGAACCUGUUACUUUCAAAGCAACAAAUUGGUCCCUUAGAUAGGAGCAGAUAUAUAGUUGGCUCUUCACUCUACCGGAGGCAGAGAUAGUGUAAAGAGUGGCCAGUGGAGAUAAAUUCAAUACAGAUCUCUUAGAACUAUGCCCCCCAUUGUACAAAUAUAAACUCAUAACAAAGGAGUUAAUUAAAAUGGCUAAUAAGUAAACGCUUUAGGUGUAUAAUGAACGGAUAUUAAAGGUUACUACGAAUAUAUUGGGGGAGGCAAAUAUACAUCAAUAAGAGUGUAACGGUCCUAGAAUCAAUAUAUUGGUUUUAUAAGGUUACUAAUUACCAUGAAAUGUAUACUAGAAAUGAUCACUAGUAAUAAAAUCACUAAGUAAUGAUUAAGCCGGUUGAGAAGAGAAAGAGAAAAAGAAAAAUAAGGAAAAGGCACACUAUAUACAAAAUAUAUACAAAAUAUACUACAGAGAACUCCCAUAAGUCAAAUGAAUGGAGAAAAAGAAAACCCUUCGUUUAGACCUGUGUCAGUCUUGUUAACCUGCAGGAACUGUGCUGUGAGAUUCAGCCUGGCUUUCCAUGUACAUCACUGGUGGCAAUUGGCAGCCAUAAUUGGGGCAUGUCAGCCUGGCAUUCAUUAGCUUAUCUGACAAGUGGCACUAUGUCCAAGUAACCCAGGGUUAUCACGCAGAAUAAUGCUGAAGUGCUGGCAUGGAUGUAUGUAUAUACACUGUACCCUGGUACCCAAGCACUGGCCUGACAUUUAAUAUCAUACUUUCUCUGUGCUUUUUGGUGAUGCCAGGAGAAAUACAUAGAAUAGCAUGAGCGGUGGAUCUGACAACCCAUCUCUGGAAAAUGACAGAACAGAAACAUCAGGACAGUUUAUUCAGGAAAUCCAGUGAGAGGCUCUGCAUCCAGGAGAGCUGGAGAGAGGCUCUCCACCCAGGAAAGCCAGAGAGGCUCUGCAACCACAAGAGCUGGAUAGAGGCUCUGCUCCCAGGAGAGCCGGAGAGAGGUCCUCCACCCAGGACAACCGGAGAGAGGCUCUGCUCCCAGGAGAGCCGGAGAGAGGCUUUGCACCCAGGAGAGCCGGAGAGAGGUCCUCCACCCAGGACAACCGGAAAGAGGCUCUGCUCCCAGGAGAGCCGGAGAGAGGCCCUCCACCCAGGACAAACGGAGAGAGGCUCUCCAUCCAAGAGAGCUGGAGAGAGGCUCUGCACCCAGGAAAGCUUGAGAGAAGGAACAUUAAGUGCCUCAAUGCAGAGCUUGAAGACACUGAACCUGGGUGCUGCACAUGGUGCAGCGGUGACCCAGGACUCUCUAGAGGCCAUCUGAGUGACUGUCACUAGAGGUGUUACUAAGCAGAAAUUUAAACUCUGCCUUUUCCACAGAAAAGGCAGUGUUUGCACUAAAAUGCCUGCAUUGACAGGCUAUAGACACUAGAACAACUACAUCAAGCUAUAGUGGUUCUGGUGACUAUAGCGUCGCUUUAAGAAUUGAAAAUGACUAGCUCCUAACUUUUUAAGCUGACUCCUAGCUCCAAAGUUGUCAAGCUCUGGCCUAUAGUGUCCCUUGAGGCCAGAGUAGUCCUAUUGAAGGCAUAUCUGACUCACAGAAUUUUUUGUUCAGCUAUUUUGACCUUGAAUAUAAAAUUCACUUUGAAUUCUCACCUUAGUGACUAACCCAGAGAUAAUUCUCAUAGAAUCCAACCUUAACUCAGCAGCUCAUAACUAAGCACACCCGCUAUAUCUAAAAGAGGGCACCUUGAGAAAGAUUGCAACCUAAUAAACUAACCCAAAUUCUGCUCUGUCAGCCCCCAUAACAGCACUAUUAUACUGUGAUAGGGCUAAUGAUUCCAUCUGUGUUCGAUGGAAUAUUGCCAGUCUCUGUUUCUGCUUUAUUCCAUAAAGUAUCCUUCUUUGGCAGAGGCCCAUAAAAGGCAGCAGACGCCCAGUAACAUUAAAAGGGAAAUGAUAGAAUCUCUCUAGAGUUUAUAUGAGAGAAUCACAGGAAUGCUCACCAACCACGGGAUGCAUUUUCCAGAUAGUGAGGGCAGCAUAAAAUAUUUAUCUUCUGUGCUGCAGAAUGUAAACAGACCCACCCACACCUCAGCAGAAUUGGCCCAGCUCCUGGCUCACAUACCACAGGAUAUUAAACAUUAAAGGGACACUAUAGGCACCGAGACCAAUUCAUCUCAAUGUCAUGCCCCUGUCGUUAUAACCCUGCAGUUGGGAAAGAAUAUAAAAUUGAUAUAAACUUUCUGUGAUCUGUGUCUGAAUGUGUAGCAAGAGGAACUGCUUACAGCUGGAGAAAAUGAAGAAGUUGCAUCUUGUGCUUGCAACAGUCUGAGUUAACUGUCACCGUCUAAAAUAAGACUAUGUUUGCAGCUAUUUCCCUAUUCUAAGAUUGCAUAAAUACCCAAUGCUCUCCCAAUAAAGGAGAGAUGAUAUUUGAAGCUACAACAAGUGUGAUUGUGGUUUAUUGUCUCCCGAGUACUCGAUUAUUGAUUAUUUGUCAGGAACCUCAAAUUCUUACCAAGUGGUGAUUGAUCCAUGACACCAUACAAACAUUGCUGUGGUGGAUCACCGCUGUUUCACCGCCAAGGAUUACCUUUUCCCGUAGUAUUAUAGCUCCUUCUAGUGAAAGUAGUGUGUAAGCUGGUUUAGCUCCCCCCCCCCACAUUCAUUAGCCGUGACUUUAUGUUGGGAGUAUGUGACGAGACCAAUUUCGCCACUGUGCAUAGGAGGAGUCUGGUUGCCCGCCUGCUGCCUUUAGACUAUGGCCCCAUGUUGAAACGAUUGAUUUUCCCCUGCAAAGACACGAAAGCCGGGUCAUUCGGUGCUUGCCCUGUUUGAGCGGUGAUACCCCAGAUAACUAUGCCAUGGAGCACAUUCGUAUAAUGAAAAACUAUGGGAAAGACUUUGGCUCCAUGGCAAUUGAACUGGAUGUGUGUGAUCUGAGCACCAUUCAGUAAUAAUGUGCGCUCAGAUCUGAGCUAUCUGGGGAUAUGUUGAAUGUACCUGUUUUAUGCAAUGGCUGCACAGUUAUAUAUUUUUAUGUAUUUUAUUGUCUUUUGCUGCCAUGUGUUCAAUGGAGUUUUGGCUAUGUCCUUGGAGAUAAUUGGAUUUCUUCCCAAUUAUCUCCAGGAUAGAAGACUCUGUGGAACUGGUUUUGGGCAGAAAAGCCAUGCUUGGUCACAAGGACUACAAUCUAUCUUUUGAACCACUGGACCAAUUUGUAUGAUUUUGACGUAUGUUUGUAUUUGGAGUAUGCUGAUUCUGAAAAUGUAAGUGUGAAUGUGAUGCAUACUUUUAAAAUUAUGAAUAAUGUGGAAAAACUGUAUUUCUCUGCCUGUGAUAAUUACAUUACCCAUUGUGUAAGGUAAUUGUAUCACAGGCAGAGGGGAGGAUUUUGUGUGGGAGUGUCUGAGUGUAUUGUACAUGUUUAUUGGUUGUUUUCCAAAACCCUGUAGGUGGUACUAAUGUGUAAGAAUGUGUACAUAAGAACAAUAAACCCACAGCUCUGUCUGUUCACUGCUUGACCCUCAAAACAGAGCCUUGUCUCGUUCUUGGGGGGAUUUAUUGUAUGCUGUUCCAGUUCGACUGCUAGGAGUGUAAACCUAUUCGUAUGGUUUUUCCUAUUCGGCUGUUUACGGCAUUCAUAUGGUUUCCUGUUCGGCGGAUUGGUGUCUUUGGUAGCUGCCUGUAUAUCUGGAAGGGGAAUAUCUCCUAAACGGCUUUUAACCCCUUUUAUGCCUGGGGGUGCUGUUACAGAGUAUAUUUAAUUUUAAUAGCACAAGCAUGGGAUCCUUUAUUUAACAGUACAAUGAUCCCGCCCUGGUGCCUUUGUGUCUGGGAGAUAAUUGAGUUGCUGCUUGCUAAGCUAAUUAUUUCCUGGAUACAGAGAACACAGCAAUAAAACACCCCCAAAAAAUAGUCAAAUCAUCAGGGAUUGACAAAUCACCACCGGGGUAAAAUUUUGACUGAAUGCUAACAGAGUCUAUGACCAAAAGAGUUCCAGGAUAAAUGGAGCUUUGACCGGCCAAAUGCCAUCAGCCCCUGAGAAUUAAAUAGGGGACGCUACCCCUUGCUCUCCAGGAGUGAUUGUUCCACAUAGUCCAAGGCGACUGCCCUCCAAAAAGCGCUCUUAUAGCUGUUUUGGAAAGUGGGGGAAAACAAAGGGGAAAGUUGACCGGGAGAGCUGCGGCCAUACCACAGUUCCAGAGACGUUGUGGAUAAGUCCUGCUGUAGUCUUUGCGGCUUUCUGGACUCCAGUCGCGGCCAGAGGAAGGGCGCUUCCAGUUGAUUGGCCUGGAGGAUUUAGGUUAAUUGUAAUGAAUGGGAUAACUGAAUGUGGGCAAGGGGUCCAUAAUUAUAUGCCCAUUAACGUGCCAUAAGCCACUUUAUUAAUGUACUAGAGUAAUGCCCAGUCAUUCAGACACUAAAUAGUGCAGGAUCCGUAUUGCCACACCAGAGGAAACUACAGUCUCUUUGGCACUGUUAGUGCUAACCUCAUUGCUAUUUUUUAGUAGUCCUCCUGGCGCAAGUGUCCACAAUACAGAUAAAAUGUCUUCCUUCCCCAUGCCCCCAAUCUACGUAAAUGACCAGCCAUGUCAUGAGCCAACCUCAUCUAAAUAUGUAAAGUCAGUUAAAGAAUCAGACCAUAGUGAAUAGAUAGCAAAGUCUCACUUGUAUCUGCUGAAUGAUUAAUAUUCUAUGUUUUGUGGUUUUAGGUCCAUAGAACCAGUAAUGAAAGCAUCUCUUCCAGAGAGAACUCCACUGUUCAGUCAUGAACCCAAUGGUCCUGCGUACAGAAUUCCGUCACUCAUUUAUAUCAAAGAGGAGAACACAUUUGUGGCUUUUGCGGAGAGACGAAAGAACAAUGCGGACGUCAGUGCUGAAUAUGUGGUCAUGAGAAGAGGGAUUUACAAGACUGGAUAUGUGAAGGUAAUUUUAUGUAUUGGAAAGAUUUACUGAGAUAUUUUUCAAUUCAGCACUAACAAUGUACUUUUUAGUAUCUUGUGGAACUAUAAUCUGUCUGGGGAAAAAUGGAAGAAGGGAAUUAUACUUCUACAAAAUGGUGAUGAGCGUGACCAUGUAGACAAAACAUAGGUAGAAUUGGAGGUGAUCAACUUUGAGACAAACCUGCUUAUCUCAAAUUGCAUAUUAAAAAAAGUGCUUUAGUGUUCUGUAUGUGAAAUGUGACAUUAUUAUGUUUUAUUACAAUCCAGAGAUAUAUUAGCAUGUCCUAUAAGGUGGAAGAUUCCUAUGUUUAUUUGUCAUGUGGUUUCACAAUUCUUUAUUAUUGUUCACUGUCAGAUCAAUAGCAACGAAUAGUUGAGUUACUCUUUAAAUACGUAUUUAAAUACUUGUAACAAUAGAGAGUACAAACUGUUCUUUUGUAUAUGGUCAUUAAAGAGGAAUAUAACCUACGGUAAUGUCUUCCUUUGCAGUGGGAAGGAAUCCAACCCUUACAUGAAGCUACCAUGAAAAACCAUCGCACCAUGAAUCCUUGUUCAGUCUACGACAAGAACUCCAAAGUUUUAUUCUUGUUUUUUAACUGUAUACCUGAUGGAGUCACUGAAAACCACAUGAGGGUCUGGGGAAAUUCUUCAAAGUUGUGCUAUGUCACCAGCAGCGAUUUUGGUAAAACGUGGAGUUUCAUCAAAGAUAUCACAGAAGUGACCAAUGGCAUUAGGAAAAUGACCACCUGUUUUUUGUCUCCAGGUCAUGGAAUACAAACACAAGAUGGGAAACUAAUUAUUCCUGCUUAUGUCUACAUUGCCAAAUAUUGGUGUAUACAUUGGUGGUUUGAUGCAGCCCAGUCAUUUUAUCUCUACAGUGCAGACCAGGGUCAUAAAUGGGAAAUAUCUCAGCGUAUUGUCAAAUACAAGAGUGGCGAAUGUGAGCUGGCGGAAAUAUGUGACGAUGGCAAAAACAUGCUUUAUUGCAAUGCCAGAUCCACAAGUGUUAAACGAGUGGAAGCACUAAGCCUAAAUAUUGGUGGAGAAUUUAAGUUUGUAGAAAAGAGCAGAAAGCUGAAGGAGAUAAAAGACGGAUGUCAUGGGAGUGUUUUAAGUUUCCUUGGGGGUGAGGAAACUGCGCAAAAUCACAAUCAUUGGCUAAUGUUUUCACACCCCAUAAAAAAUGACCGUAGAGAUCUUGGAAUAUUCUUGAACACGUUUCCACUCAAGUCUGACUCCUGGUCCAAACCUUGGGUCAUUUAUGAAGGAUUUAGUGGCUACUCCGACCUUGUCGACUGCCAAGAAGCAAACACAUUUGCAGUUUUGUUUGAGGGUGGUGAUAAAACUCAUUAUGAGCAUAUAUAUUUUUGCUUAUUUACCUUGGAAGAUGUUCUCGAAAACAUUAAGAAGAAGAAAAGCUUAUUUGCACGAUUUAAGAAAUAAUGUCGAGGUCAUUUUAUUAGAGCGGGGCCGGACGUAAUCUUUUAGAAAUGAUCUCACUGUGUGCAUUCUCAACAAUAAAACUGUAAGAAAAUAAUGAGUUAUGAAAAAUUCUAAGCAGUAAAUCAUUUAUAAGUCAGACUUAUUCAAGCUAAGAGCCCAGGUACAGGUUCUUAGAAUCUAUUGAUUACUGUUGUAAAUCAACUUGUUUCUAAAUUACGAAUGGGGUCAUAAAAUGAUAGAUAAAGAGAGCUACUAGUUAUCAUAUUUAAUAACAUAUAAAGGAAGAUACUUGUGGAAUAAGUAUACCAAAAUACUUGCAUACUAGUCAACAUGUGAAAAAAACAUGGAUAUGUCUCCCUGCCUGAAUAAUAACACACUUGUUUUGGAAACUAGACCAUAUUAACCUAUAGUGAGUACAGCCGUACUCUCAUUGUGAUAUAUGUUAUGGGUUUCCUAUAAGAAUACACAGGAGCCUCACCUGUACAGCUGCAGCUCACUUCCAUUGAAGCAAUGGGCAGCUGUAUUGCAAAAGCAGCUGCCAUAUUAGUGCAUGAGGAUGAGUGCAUGUGAUGUCACACAUAGACCAGGAACUGGCUGAGAGUUCUAAGCCAGUUCCUGUUUGAACCUGAAGUCAAAGGAGGCAGAUUAAAACCCUGGCAUAUGCUGUAUAUAGGCAUCAUGUUUUUUUUUUUUUUUUAUUACGCAAUUUAUAGUAUUUUAUCAUCUAUGUGUUUUAGAAAAGUGGGUGUUGACAUCUACUGAUGGGUGUCCCUCUAACAUUAUAAAUUAGAGAUAAGCCCUGUCACUUUGACUGUAGCGACUGCCACACUCAUUGAGUGGAAUGGGAGUAGCAAUGCGCAGCAGUGAAUCUUUAUAAAGAUAAAUUAUUCACUCACGGCCUAUUUAGAAUUUAAAAAGCUCAUAAAUGGAAAAUGUGAACACUUGACGAAGUGUUUGGAUAUAUCUCUUUAACUGCUGAUUCUUGAGGCUGGUGAGAUACCAAUUAUAUAGAUUUCAUUUUGUUAAUCCUACAAUGUGGGGAAAAUAUACAGUCCAGGAAUAUGGCUAGGAUGAUUUGCUAAUGAUACUAACCUUUGUGACACUUAACGUUGUGUAGGUAAGUGCAAUACACACCAAAGAAAAUAAGCAGUUUGUUCUGUUAACCUGGUGGAGUGACCUAAAAGAGACCCUUGUACCUAGUCACUUUUCAUCUAAACAAAUACAACAAUGCUGGCUUUCUGUACAAGGGAUUUACCAAUGUGGUCAAUGUGUGGCAUGUGGAUAUAUUAACAAGGGCUCCAAAGAACUAACAGAUUCAACAGAUAAAACUAUCUGUAAGGUCAAACAUUUUUUCAACUGCAAUACAAAAGGAGUUAUAUACCUCCUCAGUUGCAUUUGUGGCCUAAGAUAUGUAGGCAAGACGAUACGCCCCUUCAAAAAGAGAAUUAUGGAGCAUGUAUACUCCAUUCGGAAUCUCAGAGAAACUCCCGUGGCGACACAUAUCAGAACUAGCCACAGUGGAGAUCCAAAAGCCAUUAAAUUUGCGGGUAUUGAAAAAGUCAAUACAGGCGCCAGGGGAGGAGAUUUGGAUAGAAUCCUUCUCAAGAGGGAAUCCUUUUGGAUUUACAGAUUUAACACCUUCGCCCCUAACGGUUUAAAUGAGGGCUUUACCUUCACAACAUAUAUUGAAAAAAAAUAAAAAAAAAUAAAAAAAAUAAGUAGUACUUUAAUCUAAUUAAAUCAUUACACUUUUUUGUUAUUUUAUUCAAUUUUCUAUCUUUUAACUAGUAUGUUAUGAUUUUAUGAUAGAAGUAGAGCCUGUGAAAGCCCCUCUUUCAUUAGUCUAAUUGAGUACACAAUUCUUCUAUAUAUAUUUUUUGUAUUCCUCUCUCUUUAUCAUAUAGUCCAUCUGGAGAAUGUACACAUAUAAUCUGGUUUGUUUCCUUUAUGUGGAGCUAAUAUAGUGUAUUUCUUUUAUUUUAUAUCCACAUUUAGCUAUAUACAUUAUUUAUGUGACUCUAGAGAUCUUUCUUUAUUUUGGUCUCUAGAUUCAUUUUUUCAUAUGGACAAUACAAUAAGAGUAGUUAACAUAACUGUGUUCCUAUAGACUAUGUAAUAAUAAUUGACAUAAUACCCACUUAAUUAUAAGUGACAUCAAGGGUAAUUUGUUUCGGUCUUUUGGGGCUUUCCAUUAAUCAUAUGGCACUACGUUCGAAGGGGGCGUGGCCAAUUUGAACGCGGUUUUGGCGCGAAUGGCUGAACCACGCCCCCGUUCAGUGAUUGGCUAUGAGCAGCUUUUAAAUUGAUACCGGAGAGCUGCGUCCGGUUGCCAGGUAGCUUUUGGCAAUUUAGACAGGCAGUUAGAAUCUCCAGAUCGCUCUCCUCAAUCUAACAUUUGAUCGGACUAUUUUGAUAUAAUCCAUAGAUGUGAUUUCAGUGGGGGGUGGUAUCAGGAAUUAGGAGCCGAUUUUAGAGGGUAGGGGUGACUCUGCUCUUUUACUUUGAUUGUAGGGGACCUCUCUCUCUCUCCAACUGCCACUCUUUACUUCUGCUUAACUAUUAUGGGCUCUUUCCUGAUUUAGAUAGCCCAUGUUUAUAUUCUAAGCAUUAGUAAUAUUUUUGCAACAAUUUAUACAAAUGAUAGUAGACUAUUUAGGCACUCUGUAUAUAAUUGUUGCCUUGUGAGUGACUCACUAUAUUACAAGUUUGUUUCUCCUAUAUUUUUUGUUUCCCUGAGUGGAGAUCUUUUUUAUCCACUAGUUGACAUAAUUCUGUCUCAUAUACUUAUAGACAAUGUACACUAUUCUCUGAUACAACUAGUGAAUAUAUUGACAUACCUGCCUGUCUAUUAAUUUUUUUUUUUUAUUUCUAUACAUACACAUUUUUUUUCUGUAUUUUUUAAUUCUAUAAAUAAAAGUUAUAUUUUAUAUAAUCCAUCUGGUGGAUAGAGGGACCUCCUACCUACUAUUCCAGAGAUUUGUUUUCGCUGGAAUUUUCUUUAUUUUCUAACCUGGUGGAGUGGCCUUAAGUAACAUCCAAGGUGAUUUUUUGUAAAUGUUUUAAAAUGCCAGUUAAAGGGACACAAUAGUCACCAAGGCAACUUUAGAUUAAUGAAGCAUUUUUGGUGUGUAGAUCAUGUCCCUGCUGUCUCACUACUCAAUUAUCUGCCAUUUAGGAGUUAAAUCACUUUGUUUAUGCAGCCUUAGUCACACCUCCCUGCAUGUGACUUACACAGACUUCCUAAACACUUCCUUUAAAGAGUCAUCUUAUGUUUACACAUCCUUUAUUGCAAAUUCUGCUUAAUUUAAAAAAAAAAAAAUGUAUCUCCUGCUCUGUAAAUAGCUUGCUAGGCCCUACUGGAGCCUCCUGUAUGUGAUUAAAGUUCAAUUUACAGAGCAGGAGAUAAAAACGUUUAAAUUAAGUUAACAUCUGAUUACAAUUGAAAACGUUUUGCUUUCAAGCAGGCUGUGUCUGUCACAGCCAGGGGAGGUGUGGCUAGGGCUGCAUAAACAGAACAAAAGUGAUUUAACUCCUAAAUGGCAGCGAAUUGAGCAGUGAGACUUCUAAAGCAUGAUCUAUACACAAAAACGGCUUCCAACUAAAGUUGUUUGGUGCCUAUAGUGUCUCUUUAAAUAUUGUGUAUGUUAUUUCAGUUGAAUUAUUUCCAAAUUAUGGACUAGUAUUUUUUUGGUGUUCUUUGAGAAGUAAAAAAAAAAUAAUUUGUCUUUUUCUGUUAGAACUAACAUAUUUGCUUUUUUUUAAAAUAUAUUUCCUUACUUUUAUUCACUUACACUAUUAAAUGAAAAUAUUUUUGAAGUGUUAAAUUGAAUACAGUUACUAUUAUAUUUUAAUAAAAAAUGUCAACCAGC